AUGUAUAGCCCGAGAUUUCUUUUCUCAAGCACCCCUCAACAGUCUAUUGAACAACGCAACACGCAAGAAGGACAGGGUCCAGAUGAUGGGUCUACUAUUGACAUCAACUAUGGCACUAGCCUUGUAAAAGGCGUGCACCCUGACUUUCGAGUCAUGAGGAAAAGUCACCGACUCUUCGUGCAAGCCUGGCCCUCAAAUGGUAAAUUUUGGCGCAAAGAAAACCCCACUCCGGCUGAUAUGAAAUUCAUUGGCCUCAACCCAUCAGAGUUACUGGUUCAACGAUCAGCGUCUCAGAAGGAGGAGGAUGCAUUUGCACAGCAACUGCGACUCAUUGGUGCUCAGGAGUGGGAAGAUGAAGAGAGAUGCGAAGAGCAGUAUUACAGUGAGGGUGAAUUAGUUGGCCUACGAAAAUAUUAUCAAUCAAUCUAUGGCUGGCCAUCCAACGGCAAGGGUCUCUGGGUUUAUAAGUAUAAUUCACUCCCCCGGCUCCAACCGCGUGGGCUGCUGGAAGCUUUGCGUGAUGUCCAGGAUAUGGAUGAGCAAUGUGCUAUCCUGGAAAAAUGGCAAGCGACAUUCUAUGAGGAUCCGAGUGACUAA